AUGGCGUUGCGUGCUCGCGGGCUCCUGCCCUGCGUGCUGGUUGCCGCAGCUUUUGUGCUGCUGGGCUCCACGGUGGCGCUAAGCUUCGUGUCAGCGCCGGCAAGCAGCAGGAAUUCCGCCAAGGCGCUGCGAGCAUUGCCGCAGCCUGGGCAGAAGACUGAGGAGAAGAAAGAAGAGAAGAAAGGCGCCUUUGGGAUGCCGAAGCCCGACAUGCGCCUGAUGAACGAGCAGUCCAACGCUGGGAUUUCAUUUGACCAGGACCGAAAAGGGAACAUGUGGGGUCUCGAGCCCGAGAUCAAGUUCCAGGAGGAGAGCGACGAGAUGCUUCCAGCAACCAUCUACUUCCCCAUCGUCAUUGCGCUGACCAUUGGCAGCAUCUUCUUCUUUGCGAAGCUGAGCAACGACGACCCUCGGUUCGGAGGCUCGCUGGGUGACGAUGCCCGCCUCAUCAACGAGUGGGGCUAA